AUGUCCUGCCAGCAGAGCCAGCAGCAGUGCCAACCCCCUCCGAAGUGCACCCCUAAAUGCCCUCCCAAGUGCCAGACCCCAAAAUGCCCCCCAAAAUGUCCUCCUAAAUGUCCUCCCAAGUGCCCCCCUGUGUCUUCCUGCUGUAGCCUGGGUUCUGGGGGCUGCUGCAGCUCUGGUGGCUGCUGUGGCUCCAGCUCUGGUGGCUGCUGCAGCUCUGGAGGUGGAGGCUGCUGCCUGAGCCACAACAGACCCCGCAGAUCUCUCCGUCGCCAUCGCCACAGCUCUGGAUGCUGCAGCAGUGGUGGCAGCGGUGGCUGCUGUGGCAGCAGUGGUGGCAGCAGUGGCUGCUGUGACAGCAGUAGCUGCUGUGGUAGUGGCCAGCAGUCUGGGGAUUGCUGCUGA